CGAAGCGCCUAAUGCAAACGUGUGGCCUUGCGGCAGUUUAAAUGGACAAGGAGGGUCCUUCAUGGAAAGAUGCUAUACUUACAUCCCUGCUUGAACGUGAUAUUAUUGAGAAGUCAUUUUUUACUGAAAUUUUUACACAAUACGACUCAAAUAAGGACAUUGUGUUAUACCUCAAGGGUGAAAACACUCGUCUUGUACGUGAAUUAACACUAUGCCAACAAGAGAAAUCCUCAAUACAGCUAGAACUUGAAAAGAUAAAGUCUGUCAAAUCCUAUGACUAUGAGCAGAAGGUGUUUCAUUUGCAAGAAGAGGUUACCGAAUUGCAUCGACAGAAAGGGAACCUCGCGCAAAAUGUUAUUGAUUUAAACAGAGUUCUUCAGGAGAAAGACACCUUGCUCCAAUCAAAGUCCUUGAAGAUUUCGGAGUUAGAGGACUGCCUUAAGGCUAAUCAAGUGCAGAAUCAUCACUUGAUGGAAAAGGUUAAGGGACUAGAGGAAACUAAAGAAUUGCUUACAGAUGAACAGGCCUCACACUUAAUGACCGCGAAGGCACUAGAAACAAAAAACAGGCAACUUGAGGAUGAUAAUCUGCAACUUAUGAAACGAAUAAAAGCCCUCCAGUCCACUGUCGAAAGGUUGAAAAAUAUAGAGUAUGAUGUGCAGUAUAGAAAAACUCAAGAAACAAUCCGCAAGAAUCUUCAAGAUGCAGUCAAUUCGACUAUAUUCGUUACUGAUAGUGAUUGUUCGGACAAACCACUACCCUGUAAAUCUGCACUUCCGCGUAACGUUGCAGUCAAAAUAGAUGCUAAUGAAAAUGAAGUAAAUAGUGUUCGGUUCACUCCAUCAGGCCACAUUUUCGGAUCAGCAGGAUUUGAUCGUAAACUCCGUUUAUGGACAUAUCUAAAUGGAAAAUGUGAAAUCCAUUCAACCCUUGUUGGUUGUAAUGCUGCUGUCACUGCCAUAGAUUUUGACCCAAAUGAAACUGCUGUUUUAGGUGCCUCAAGUGAUUUUUCGUGUCGUGUAUGGACACUAAAUGAUUCCAGACUUCGAGUCAAUUUGACAGGACAUUCUGAGCGUGUUAUCUCUGCUAAAUUUAUGAGGUCUGCUAACCGCGUUGUCACUGCUUCAUCAGACAGAACGAUCAAGAUUUGGGACGUUGACAAGUGCUGUUGUAGGCGUACCAUCAUGGCUGCCUCCACAUUCCAAGAUGUAGUUGUUUGUCCCUCCAUGUCUGCGCUUGUUACUGGCCAUUUCGAUCAGCAUUUACGCAUUUGGGAUGAACGAUCUGGGGAAAAUACUGGCAAAAUCUUGCUCUCCGGGCGUAUUACUGGUAUGGACAUCUCCUCUGAUUUCACAACUGUCUUGUCUUGUACACGUAACAACACUUUAGAAAUUGUGGAUUUACGUAUGAAUCAAGUUACACAAUGCUUGAAAGCUGAUGGUUUUCAAACAGGUUUAGAUAUAGUUCGACCAUGCUUCUCACCUGACUCAGAUUAUGUAGCUGCUGGUGGACAUGAUGGUGGAGUUUAUAUUUGGAGCACAGUUUCAGGAAAUUUAGAAAUUUGUCUCCGUGACCACACAAAUAUUGUCGUUUGUUGUCAUUGGAAUCCGAAUGGUAAUUCUCUAGUUUCAUGUGAACGUAUUAAGAAAGCAAUUGUCUGGUCUAGUUUGUAAAAUUUCAUUACUAUGGUAUUUAUUUACUUACACAUAGUCUUCCAGUAAACAUUCUCUUUAAUCCGGCUUUACAUUAAUCUUUUCAAUGUUCGUUUGUUUUUGUCAUGUUCUUUCUUACCAGAUAUUUUCCCUUCUUUCUUCUUCCAUAUUUCCUAAUUUAAACACUAUUUGUAAUUUUUUAUUACAUACGUGAUAAUGGUUAUAAUAGGUUUCAUUAUAUUUAUAAUUAAUUAUAUCGACUUACGAUUUAUGUAUAGUAUUCGUAAUUAAUUUAUGUAUUAAUUUACUUCUAAUAAAAAAGAUAAUAUUGAGCAAAAUGCACUUCUUUUUUGUACCUCCCCAGGUAUGAAUGUCUGAUAUUCAUACUACUGAUUGUUUUCUUCAUUAUUAUGCUGUUACUUUCAUUUUUAAAAUAGGUAGUCAAUGUUUCAACUUCUGUUAGUUUAAUCCCAUCAUGCUAAAUUGGUAUGGCAACUUAAGCCAACACACAUUUGUAAUAGUCUCUACAUUGAUUAUGACUGUUUUAGCAUCUAAAAGUAUACAACUGUUGUUUUCUUGAGAGAAAAGAAACAUAUUUAGUCUUUUUUGAUAAUCGAGAAUGCCUACUGGAGAUAAACAACCGGAAAAGCAUAAGAAAGAGUCUAUAAUUGAUUUAAACAAGUAUAUAGAUAAAAGAAUCCGUGUCAAAUUUUCAGGUGGACGGGAAGCUGUUGGUAUCUUGAAAGGAUGCGAUAAUUUACAGAAUAUGGUGAUUGAUUGUACUACUGAAUUUCUUCGUGAUCCAGAUGAUCCUCAUCGUUUGACUGAAGAUACAAGAGAACUUGCCCUUGUGGUUUGUAGGGGUCCAUCCGUGGAACUUGUUUGUCCUGCAGAUGGAAUGGAAUCUAUACCUAAUCCAUUUGUUCAACAAGAAUGAUUCGGAAAAAACUUAUUUAUUUUAUAUGAUAUAAAUAAAUUUGUAAAAUAUUCCCGCCUUCUCUCUCAUUGUAACUGUACGUCACAUAAGCUUCUUCAUGUCAUUAGCUAUUAAUUUUUUACUGAAUAUAUAUAUUUAAAAAAAUACAUUAUCUUUCUACAA